AUGGAAGUACUUUCCACAGUUUCUGGAAGGAAAAUACCUUUAGCAGAAAACACAAAAAGGGAUCUGGAAAGGUGUGAACAGCUUGGGAUAGGGAGAGGACAUACGGACCAGGAGUAUGAGCAGAUGAGCCAUGAGCAGAUAACAGAACGGCUCAAAGUGUUAGGGAAUGAUGAGAACCAUCUGCGAGACAGUCCAGAGCAGAGAAAAGAACAACCGAUGAGGUUUGAGAGAACCAGACACGUGAUGGUAUGGGGGGGAGGGUGGUUCAACAAUAUUAAACCAUAGCUACCUCCUAUAUCUCAUUCAGUGUGUGUAUGAUCCAGCCUUUUCUUAAACAGCUGCAGAAAUGAAGGACAGGGGAUAUGGUGUCAUUGAUGUUCCUGCACUAGUUGAGAAGCCCCACAUAUACAUCCUUGGGAGGUGCAUUGGGAAAGAAGUCGAGCAGUUGGGUUACAGUGAGACAAGAUGCCAAUGUUUGAAUGAGCUGCAAAACAACCUGCUGACAAGUAAGGGAUGCUCAGUGACAGACAUCAUGCACUUCCUCCAUACCAGUGAGCCAGAGCAGCAAUUUGAAAGUGGUGAGCAACGGGGACUCACACAGAUAUCAUGA